AUGCUACGCUGCCAGUCGUCCACUGUUUUUGGCACGCUGGGCCCCGCCGUGGUACCCACCUCUCCCGGCAAGGACCUGGCCUGCUUUAGCAACAAGAGUGAGCGCGACUGCGGGUUUGCCUGCGUUUCCACUAGCGGCUGCGAUGGAUUCAUGUACGCACUGCAAGGCUCAGGUUACUGCUGCCUCAAGUCUGGGCCUUCAGGGCAGGCAAAGCUGUCAGACAACGGCGAGCAAAUGUAUUUCAAGAUGAAGGCAGCCUACUCCUGCUCCCAGCAUGCGGCCUGGGGCAAGUGCCGUGAGGAUUGGAUGAAGCCGUACUGCAACCGAUCCUGCAAGCGGUGCUCCAAUUGUGGAGACACCCCGCCGCCAGCCUACUCCUGCUCCCAGCAGGCGGCCUGGGGCAAGUGCCGUGAGGAUUGGAUGAAGCCGUACUGCAACCGAUCCUGCAAGCGGUGCGGCGACAACUGUGGUAGCAGCUGA